CUCGGUACUCAUACAUACGUCACGCGUGUGACUUUACGUGGGUAUACGUGUGCGUAUGUGUGCGUACACAUUUUACACACACACACACACACACGUAGCGUUUUCUACUAGGCGACAAAUGUCUUUCGCGUAAUCGGGAGCACGAAGCCGAUUAGCUUCCUCGUUCCGCGCAACAAAACCUGCAAAAACUCGGUCGUUUCUCGCGCAUCGUUUCACUCCUUUCCACGUGCACACGACGGAUAUACAUAUAAUAUAUAUGUACCUUGGCGCCCUCGAAUAGAUAUCGUGUAUAUAACGUACGUAUAUUUUUACAUGCUCUUGGGAUCGCGAAAUGCUCGUGAUUGAUUAACGCCACUGUCUACUCGGGCCGAAUGCUAUGUAAUUCGACGUUGCCGCGCGCGUUGGUAAGAGUGAAGGAAGUGGAGCUGAAAGUGAUGUAGGAUUAGAAAUUUGUCGGCGAGGUGUUAGUGCGAUUAAACGCUGAGAGGAAAUGCUGCUGGCCGUUGUGCUUUGACGCUCCGAAAUAAUGUUCGACUUUGUGCGGGCCGUCUCCGCACAUUCGGAAUUAUGAGAAAGAGCCAGAACCAUAUUUCGUCCGGGAACUCAGUGCUGCUUUUAGGAAGAAACGAUUCCAGGAGUCGUAUGUACGCUUGACAUGGUUUAUCGAAUCCUGCCUAUGUAAGGUUUUACAGAAACCACUAAUAAAACGUAUGGAUCGUAUCAUGAAUAAUGUUUCAUUCUACAUUAUUCUGGCACACAGUAGAUGGCAAUUUGAUUAUGUAACUCGUGUUCAUGGAUUAUUGACCUGAAAUCUUGGUAAACUUGUUUUUGAUGACGUCUUUAGAGUGUGGUCAGCAUAGCAGAGAGGUGGUGUCGAGAAGGUGGUUGACACGCCUUCGUAUAUUUGAAAUGAUCGAGAGUGUAUCACGCAGAGCGUUGAGUGGCUCCAGCGGGAGCUACCACGUUCGUGGCGCUGAAUUAGCGAGAAAUCGCAGGUUAAAAUCUUUGUCAGCUACCGUUACUUUUCUAGAUGACACACAGCACACGUUUCAAUUAGAUAAACGAGCUAAAGGACAAGUUCUACUAGACUUGGUAUUUCAACAUUUAGAACUCAUUGAAAAGGAUUACUUUGGUUUACAAUAUGCUGAAAAUGGAGUUAGUACAACCAUUCCUACAUCUGAUAUGAUGAGAUGGCUAGAUCCGUCUAAAUCUGUGAAAAAGCAAAUACGAAGUAAGGGUGGGCACUUCUUUUUCAGAGUAAAGUUUUAUGUAUCUGAUCCUAGUAAACUUCAAGAAGAAUAUACCCGAUAUCAAUUUUAUUUGCAAAUACGAAGAGAUAUUCUUCAAGGGAAACUCCAAUUACCACCCAGUACAGCUUGUUUAAUCGCAAGUUAUACCGUUCAAUCGGAAUUAGGAGAUUAUCAUCCUGAGGAACAUGGGCCAGGAUAUCUUUCGCAAUUGCAAUUGAUACCCGGGCAAACUGAAGAAAUGGAAAAAAAGAUAUCGGAAUUACACAAACUACACAAAGGACAGUUACCAGCUGAUGCAGAAUUUAACUUCUUAGAUCACGCCAAACGUUUAGACAUGUAUGGAGUGGAGUUACAUAAAGCUAGGGAUUCAACAAACAAAGAGAUACAGUUGGGUGUCACGUCCAUCGGGCUGGUUGUGUUUCAGAAUGGCAUAAAAAUCAACGUAUUUUCAUGGUCAAAAAUAGUUAAAAUCUCCUUUAAAAGGAAGCAAUUUUUUAUACAGCUUCGACGAGAGCAGUCUGAAAAUUACGAUACACUACUGGGCUUCAACAUGCAAACUUAUCGCAGUUCGAAAAAUUUAUGGAAAGCUUGCGUCGAACAUCACACUUUCUUUAGGCUUCACAGUCCAAAAAUGCGACCGAAACGGUUUCCCCUCACUUUAAGCAGUAGGUUUACAUAUUCAGGACGGACGGAAUAUCAAACGGUCGAAGACGGAAAACACAGAGCACGCGUGGAAAGAACAUUUAUACGAUCACCUAGCAAGAAAAUAGCUCAUACUAUUACGACAGCAUCCGUUACCGAGGAAAAAGGCAAGUUAACGAUACCUCCUGGAAGACCGCCGCGAUCUUACGACAAUAAAGUUCAAUCUCUCGGCGCUCGCGAACCUCGUCAAGCGUGGGGUGAAGGAAAUCAAAGUGACGAUGAAGGUGGUUUUUUAUCUUUGAGGGAAGAAAUAACAGGAAGCUACACGCAAGGUGGGGCGUUCUCGCCGGCGUUAGGAUCUCGAGUGUUCAGUUACGCGGAUGACGAUACGACCGCCGAAAGAAAUAUCUAUGAUCUACCGGACUACAGCGAGCCUACCAGUUCACCAGCUCCGCAAAUAUUAGAAGACGGCUUAGUAACCAUAUCUUUGACACCGGACGAACAGGGUCGUUUUGGAUUCAACGUUAAAGGUGGAUUAGAUCUGGACAUGCCGAUCUUGGUGUCGCGAGUGGCUCCAAACACGCCCGCCGAUCGUUGUUUCCCUAAACUGAACGAAGGAGAUCAAGUUGUCUACAUCAACGGGAUUGAUGUGAGCGGUUUACUGCACGAGCACGUGGUCAAUUUAAUACGGCAGUCGCGCGACUGCGGACCCGGUGAACUCACAUUAACUGUUAGACCCAACGCGCUAUACAAUGCAUUGGCUGGUACCGAUGAGACAUCUGAAGAAGAGCCACCUUAUAGAUAUGUGCCUGAUGCGCCUCACGCCGCUAUUGGAUCCGAUGCGUUAGCACAGUCUAUGUUACUGCUUGCGGAUGGCCUAGCGAGCGGUGCUCUUAUCGCGCAGUAUGAACAGUUAUACAGGAAAAACCCGGAGCUCACGUCACUCGAAUCCAAGAAGCCGGAGAAUCAACCGAAAAAUCGUUAUCGGGAUAUAUCGCCAUAUGACGUUACUCGAGUAAUUCUGAUGGGAUCCGCAAACGGAGAUUAUAUUAAUGCCAAUUACGUGAACAUGGAGAUACCAGGUUCGGGCAUUAUCAACAGGUACAUCGCCACGCAAGGUCCCUUGUCUUCCACCGUUGCAGAUUUCUGGCAGAUGGUUUUAGAAGCUGGCAGUACGCUGGUCGUCAUGCUGACCACUUUGGUGGAACGCGGUCGCGCGAAAUGUCAUCAAUACUGGCCGGCGUAUAACGAGACCCUUACGUUGAGGAGUCUCACGCUCACGUCGACCGCGGAAAACGUCGAGGACACGUUUAUUUUUAGAGAAUUUAUACUACGCGACGUUAACACCGGCGAGGAAAGAGAUAUAACGCAUAUGCAAUAUUGCGGCUGGCCCGAUCACGGAGUGCCCAGCGAUUGGCGACAAUUCACCACGUUCACGGAGCGCGUUAGGGCAGCUCGUACUGGAAUAGUCGAACCUGCGGUUGUACAUUGUUCAGCUGGAAUAGGACGUACCGGUGUGUUAGUGCUGAUGGAGACCGCUUUGUGUCUAAUCGAGGCUAAUCAACCGGUGUAUCCAUUAGACAUCGUACGCUCUAUGAGAGACCAGAGGGCAAUGAUGAUACAAAAUGCUAGUCAAUAUAGAUUUGUGUGCGAGGCGGUCCACAAGGCUUACAACGAAGGGAUAGCGAAGCCACUUCCGGAGUUCAGUAGGUGAAAAUGAAGAUUCAAAAUGAGGGCAGCAUUGUAAUUAUAUCAUUUCUUUUCUCACAUCUUGCGUCAAGCGUAAUGCCACUAGAAGGUAGUUUUAUACUUUGACAAUAACAUAUAUAUAUAUAUAUAUAUAUAUAUAAUUUAAUAUAUAUAGUAUAUUUCUCUUAUAGUAAAAUGGAUAUUUACUGUGUAAAAAAAAUAUAUAUAUAUACAUCUUUCACAUUGGUAUGUAAAACUGACGUCCGAUUCUCGUUCACCGUUCUCGUGUGUUAAAAGAAUCCUUUCUUCUUCAAUUUAAUCAUGCACAGAAGAUCAAUUUUAGAAUUCUAGCGUCCAUUUCCAUUUCUCUCUACGAAAUAUUGUCCAAUGGUGACGCGUGAUCUUGCUUGUUAUGUCAUGCAUGUACACAAUUUGUACUUUAUGAUAUUUUAAAUCAUAUUCUUUUCUGGCGAAUAUCCACGAAGCAAAAGAGGCAAUGUACUAUAUGAUACAUUAGCAUUAAAUUUAUGUAAUAGAAAAUCAGAUCUGCGUACAAGUUGCAUAUAUAAGAGAAUGAAAUCAAGGAAAUUGAUGAUCAGAUGUAACAUAUUUAUACAAAUUCAAGCGCGCCUUAGAUAAUGCAAACUCAGCUUUAUUUCAAACAAUAAUUUAUAAUGAUUAAACUUUUGAUAUAUUAUGUUAAAAACUUGCUAUUAUGUCGCGUUAAUUGCUAUAUUGACAUAAUAACUGCCAUUUGUACAAUGUAAAUAUUGAAUUAUAUUUUACAUUAAAUUUUUUUUUUUUUAGAUAAUUUAAAUGCGCCAUAUUUUUAGCGCAAAAUUUGACGCGGAUACUCGUCUCGCACUUAUUUGAAACUCUUUAAAACGUUAGAUAUAUCGGAUAAUAAAAGAGUUUCGGUAAAACGAAAUGAACAUCCGCGUCAAAUUGUAUCUUUGUAUUGAAUAAUUAUGAUGUCGCUUUUGAUGUAUUUGUUUCAACAAAUAUACUUAGAAAUAGGCAAAUGGAUUACAUUAAAAUCAGCGACAGAAUCAUGUAAGAUUAAUUAAUGAGAGAGAAAGAAUAUAAUAUUAAUUAAGAGGAUGCCAUAGUCGUUGAUGAUGAACUUGAUAAGUGUCGAUAACGUAGAAGCGGUCCUCGAAAUGUUACGUCACGUAACACUGACAUGAUCACACUAUUCUUGUUGUAUUUCUUAUACAUAUAUUUUACGUGAAUGUGAGUGUGAUAUAAAUGUGAAUACGAUGAAUAUGUACUCUGUUUUAUCAUAUCUAACAGAAAAUCUAACCAAAAUGUAUGAAGUUUUUUCUGCAAAUUUUUCAUAUCUUUUUAAAUCUCUAAAUUUGAUUGUCAAAGGUAUAAAGGUGUUCUUUGAAAUUGUCCUGAUUAAAGCAUUGGCACAUUCGGUACAUACAAUCUGCAAGAUUUCUGUAUCAGGUAAUAAAUAUUUACGCUAACUGACAGCUAGAAGUGCCAAUCUUAAGAUUUUCAAUUGCUUCAAUUCAUUUUUGCACGUACUUUCGCUGUAUAAAAGUAUUUAUAAUUCUGUGCAACCAGUGAAACGUAAACUUUGCAGAAAAAAAUUAGUAUUCCGUCAGUGAAGUUUCAAGUAUGGCAUCCUCUUAAUGCAGAAAAUAAUAUAUUUACAUCACAAAGUCGAAGUACAAGUGCGAAAAUAACGAUGAGUGAAAAAUUUAGAUGCAAUAAUAUAAAUAUAAAAUAUAAAAAGAAAUAUUGCACGAUAUAAACGAGACAUAAGAAAAAAACGCUAAAAAGUUACGUGAAUUGAACAUACUAGAUAUCUAGUUAUCGCUGCAUUAACUGUGAAUGGCAGGUCCGAAUAGAUUUGGAGAUGGUAUUAUUACAUAACGAAAAAAUUUGCUGAUAGACUGAGUUAUGUAUCCAGCAGAAAUACUCCAGUGAAAUUGCGUCGUGCGCUAAUGGACGCCAAAUUUGUCGAGGAAAUUAUCAUUAACAAUCGAAUCGCGGUAGAAAUCGCUCGAUUUGUACGAUGAAUCGUGCAGAAACUUGUCCGUCUUAUACAAAGAGAGAAUCAUACAAACGCUAAUUAAAAGCACACACAGCGAAGUACAAUCUUCACAAUAUUGGCAGAGCGAAUUGCAUGAGCAGCUAUUCUUUAUACUCAUAAGAAAUAUGAAUCAAAAAGUUAUGUGAAAGCAUAUUGAGCCUUCUUCAUUUUACGAUAUUUAAAAUAGCCGAUCUCUAGUAGGAAAUUUUAUACCGAAGGAAGGAAAAUGUCUUUUAAUCAUUUUCAAGUAGUAGUUCGCUUAAAGACGUUAGUAAACCACUCGAUAAUGCGUAUAUAUAUAAAUUAUGGAGAUUGCUUCAAUAAGUACAUUAUUUUGAAAACAUAACGUAUAACUGUUUUACGUACACUCUACUAAAUACACGUAUAUUGAUCAAAAUAUACACAAACUGAUCCGUCUCAAUGUUGUAAUAAGUAUUAUUAAUCGCAGGAUCGCGUCUUUUAUUAUUAACCUUUUUUGAGGAACGAUAAUAUCCAGUGAAUAAUAUAGCUCGCGCAUAUUUAUUUUUUACAUAGUGAGUCAUUUUACACACUCUCACAUAUCUUUGUAUAAACGCUCAACUCUUUCUAAUUAACUUUAUGAAUGUCAUAACUCGUAAGCUUCUUUUUAUUCGAUAUAUUUGCUGAACCUUUUAAUAGUAUAACGCAUCAUAUAUUAACAUCAGCGCAUUUUAUAAUCUAUUUUUGUAAUAAUACAAGUUGGUACUACAAUAAACAUUACUAGGAAGAUAGUAGUUUGUUCAUCUUUCAUGCGUGUUUGAAAGGAUAUAAGUUACUUACUCAUUACUAUUACUUACUUAUCUUUUAUUUUCAACUUUUGAGAAACAUUUGUUUAAUUCUGUAUACAAUAACCGAUACGAUAUAACUUUUUCUCCGCUUCACUGUCUUUUAAGAUUUCUUUGUCGUUUAAGUUUAACUUGUAUCUUUCUUUAUAGCGCAUGAAAGGACGAGAGAGGGAGAGAGAAAGAGAGAGAGGACAGGAAAUGAAUGAAUGCAUGAAUGAAUGAAACGACACAUCUUUCCACGGUAUAAGUCUAAUUUGGCAAAAUAAAUUAAAGUUACAAAGAACCACUAUAAGAAAAUUAUAAUUUGACAAAAUCAUUAAUAUAUUAUACAAA